AUGUGAAUUAAUUAGUGUAAAGCAAAAGGAAAGAGAAGCUCUCUCGUGUCUUCCCUAUCUGCCACGACACCCCUCCAUGGAAGCCGUGGGGUCCAGACAGAGCCGCGCCUCCUCCCGCUACGCCUCCGGUCCCUCCCCGCCGGUCUUCACCGGCCGCGUCAGGAAGUGGAGGAAGCAGUGGGUCACCUCUCCCGCCGCCACCAUUUCCAAAUCCGGCAAGCGCAACGACGCGCCGCCCCUCCGCCUCUGCCGCUGGACCCCCCUCUCCGCCGAUGACCCGCCCAAGCGCCGCCAAUUCCGCUACGCUCCGAUUGUUCCCAUAGAAAAGGGGAAAAUAAAAAGUGUGGAGAAUGAACUAGUUGUCUCCAAGGAAGAACCACCUCAGGAAAUCAAUGAAGAUGGAGCAGAAGCAGAAGCAGAACCAGACAGUGCUGAGAUGUGAAGAACAAAUUGAGGAGGAUUAACAUUAACUAUGGUGUAGUUAGUAGUAGCUUUGUGUUUAAAUGGUGUACUGUACUUAUUAAGUAGGCAUGUAUGUAUGUAACUCAGCUGAAUCUCUUAAUCCUAUCCCUGUUUAUUACUGUUACUAA